CUUGAAAAUCGUAAGCGAGGAUCAGUUUCAGUUUCUACUCCUGGAGUGGGUACAUUCAUUCAUUCACUCACCCAUUCAGUUUGAAUUCUACUCCAGAGAAGAUACUUACCCGACAAAAAAUUUCGAUUGGAAUGGGAGGGAGUCGCCCGGACAUUGAAUUUGAUGCUAUAUUAUGAUAAUGAUCAGCUGUGACAAUGACAUAUUACGAUAAUGAUCAAAUGCUGCUGAUUUUUAAUACACGCGUUGUACAUAUUAGAACAAAUAAGUCGUGUCCGUCGUCGUAAAACUACAGAAGGUAGUGAGCAACAAAAUGAAGCUAGACUACAACGAACAUGAAGAUGAAGGGGCACCAGCUCCUGCACCCGAAAUAGAUCAAGGUACAUCUUCUGCUUCGCGUUCGUUCAUCGCACCACCUGAUGCUGAACAAGGUCCUUUAAUAUCUCUGUCCGCACUAUUGAAAUCUAGCAGCACUCCUGGAGCAGAACAACAACAAGAUGCUCCACAUCAAGAUGCAGCCGAAGACAAGGUCGUGGAUACGGAGGACCACACGGCUACAUGUACUAUAUUAUUAAGGGUUGAAGGUUGACCUAUCAUCUAAGAGCAUCCUUAUGGCUUCUUCAAGUAGGAAAGCCAUUAUAUUAGAUAUGCGAGCUAGAGCAACUUUCAUAACUGCUAAUUAUAUUAUCUACUAGUAGUUGUACUAGGACUACUUCAUCAAGUAGAAGUCCUUCAAGAACUUCAACAAGGAGACUAAGUCCGGACGAGGUGGAUCGAAUAGUUGCGCGUCAAUUGCGCAAAUUAGAUUUGGAGUACGCAAAGGUAGCUGGAAGGAAGCCAACAGAAGAUGAUGGCUGCUCUCUGGCGGAAGAUGAAGAAGAAGAUUUCGACCAUCAUCAACAAGGUGGACGAGGUGAAGAAGAAGAUUUCGGACAUCAAAAUGUUGAUUAUGCGCCUUUAUUGGGUGGAGACUCUUCCGACGACGACGAGGCAGAGACAGGAGACGGAGAUGUCCUGAGUGGCACAGGUUCUACAUUGGAGGCAACGCCAGAUCUACUUGCGGCUGAAGGUGAAAUACCACGUCGAGGAGAUUUCUUUCAGUUUGAAGAGCAGAUGAUGAACAACAAUAGUCGUGUUAGUGAUAGCAAAAACACUGGUGAAGUAGGUCUAGGUGUUGAAAGGACGAGCAGGCCUGAUAAACUACAACAAGGUUCAUCUUCAUCUUCAUCAUGGAAGGGUGGUGCAUGUGCACCUACUUCUGAUUUUGAUACAGACUUUUGGGGAGGUUUUCAUUCCGCAAGCAGUGAGACUGAUGACCAAGGUGAAUGGGAGAGCCAAAAAAUCCCGGGUCCACCAAAAAAUCCCAGAGGAAGCACCAGAGCACAAGACGCGCUAAGGACCACAGGAGCAGACGAAGAAUGGGCCACUCCUGCCACUACAACUAGUUGUGAAGAAGCACCCGCUGAAGAUGAGGCCUGGGUAGCGAGCGUGAAAGAAGCUAUGGCUGGUAUUAAUCCUAAACAACCUUCUCGUUUUUUGCAGACCCUGUCGGACAAACAGCUGUUGCGAAUGCUGGCGGCGAGGAAAUAACUGUUCGAACAGGAGGUUGGCCGCGACAGACUGCGACAAAUUAGAGACUCCCCACCUAAAGAAAAGAGGACUAGAAAAACCAGGAGACAACUAAAUGCUAUUGCUAGUUAAAUUCUUUUAUAUCUCAAGAAUGGAGGGUACACUACUACUAUGUAUUACGACUUAAUCUAUGAACUACCUUCCCCUAGUAUGAAAAUGAAAAGAACACUCCACUUUACCUCAAAAAUGUAGUCCCAUGGAAAAAAGAGCUCUCGACUCUACCCGAAGGUCUUGACCAGUUUCAAUAUACACUAGAUGUGAAGAACACUCCACUUUACCU